AUGAAUACAAUAUUAUCACGACUAGUACCUCUUAUUUCUUCUCAUACAUAUCGAUCUGUACGUUUUGUUAGAUCAAAUAAUGUUGCCCAACGUAUUAAAACCAACAAUGAAAAUAUUCAAACUGUUUGUGUUAUUCCUGAUCCAAUAGUAAAUCGAGGUAUUAUCUAUGAACCACCCUAUCUAUUUGAAACUGAUCUUUAUCCAAAUUAUGCAUUAUUGGCGAUAUCUAUACGAGGUUAUGAUUAUGUUGUACUCGAAGGUUAUUUUCGAUAUAUACAAAAAUUAGCUAAAUCACUUGAUAUUAAAGUACCUGAAGCUGUUGCUAUUCCAGCUAAAUCAUCUCGUGUAACCAUACUUAAACCACGUAGUACACAAAUUGAUGUUGAACAUCAUUUAAAUUUAUAUCAUCGUAUAGUAAAAUUUGCUAAAGUAAAAGCAACAGUUGCACCAAUAUUAUUUGAAUGUAUACGUUUAAAUAUACCUGAAGGUGUUGAACUUAAAAUUGAUGUACCUAAUAUAGCUGAUGAUGAAUUUCGUUAUGUACCUGAUGUUGAAUUAAAACAAUUACAAAGUGAAUUACGUGCAAUAGAUCAUGAAAAAGAAGAAACACAAAAAGCUAAAGAAGCUAAACGUGCUUUAAGACAAAAAGAAAAAGCUCAAGCUAUGCUUUUAUCAAUAUUAUCACCAUUUAAUGAUGAAACAAUAGCAUCAACAUUCGAUGAUUCAUCAGAUAAAGAUGAGAAAACGGAAUAG